CUCACACGCUCGCCACUGAAGGUCGUGGAGACGCUCUAACCAACCUUCCUGACCCAGCCAUCCUACAGGACGCUCUCCUUCUCACCCUCUCUUCCACGCUCUACGGAUCACCAGGACUCCAGCGACUCAUUAAGGACGCCAGCGUCUUCAAGAUACCUACCAGCUCAAGGAGGCACUUUAUCUUAACCUCUUCUUCACUAACAUCUCCGAGUGUUAAAAGAUGGUGUGUGUUGCGAAGCUGCUGAUGGUGUUGCUGGUGUCUGUUCUCACGCCUUGGGGUGUCUGGGCGGCCAACCUCCCCCCCGCCCACCUUCUGCAUGCUGCCCACACGGACACCAACAUGCCAGACAUCACCAUAACGGACGCCGCCCACACGGACACCCUCAAAUCGGACAACAAAAUGGAUACCAAGAAUCUGGACACUGCUGAAAGAAGCACUCAAAAUCUGGAGACUACCCAGGCAGACACCACCCAAAUGGACACCCAUAAUUUGGACCCUGGUCAGAUGAACACUGUCCACACAGACACCCACAAAUCAGACAUCUCCCAGUCUGACACCAUGGAGUCGGACGCAUUGGAUAGGGCAGCCCGUAAAGUAAACACAAUCGCUCAGCAACUCCUUCAGUUGAACGCUGCCCGCAUCUCCCUGCCACAACAGGAUACCACCAGCAGUAUCUACAGCGACCCACGAGUGGAUAGAACGCCGGCAGACUUCCAUGGGUGAGAGAACCAGCAAACGCAGCACCGGUACGACCGUCACUUCAGCACCUUCGACGUGUGUGCAGACUCACUGUGUGACCAGGUGGUGCGUCAAGCCAACGGCCUCGCCAGGAUCAAGAUGGUCAGGAAGUACAUUAUGGACACUGUGACGAUGAUGGACAGCCUUGUGACAGCUCUGGACGCUGAGUUGGUGGUGGCCGGAGAGACCAUGACCAGGGCCCUGGGCAACAGAUGCAGGGCUGCACAUGCUGUCCUCUCAGAUGUUACAAAGGGUCCAGCCGACUCUGACCGUCUCAACAGCAAGGCCAGUCCCUUCAUCUACGGCGGCGUGCCCAACCACGGCUACUGAAGCCCACGCUGUUUCCCCGGGGCACCUGCAAACCAACAGCAGCACUUACGCACAUCGAAGGGUGGCUGUAGACCAACAGGAGCACCCAUACACAUACAGGGACUGCUGUAGGCCAACAGGAACACCUAUAUACAUCCAGGGGCUGCUGCAGGCCAGCAAGAAUAUCUAUAUACAUCACGGAGCCGCUGAAGGCCAGCAGGAGGUCCUGCUUAUGUAUACACAACCAGGACCAGUUGCGGGCCAACAUCUCUGGGUAGCUGCAGGACAAUAGCACCUAUACUUAUCCAGGGUCAGCUGCUGAUCAACACGAGGAUCUACACAUAUUCCUUCAAUCUCGAUUGACUUCUAGAUAUUGCGAAGACGUAUGGAUGUUAUUUAAUUUGAAGCUGCAGAGACGAUACCAAACUCUCCUGACUCGAGGACAACUUUAUCUUUUACCUUCGACAACCCCGGAAUUUUGAGUCAUUUCUACUGCUGCUUUUAUUAUUUUAGUCCUCAUGAAAGUGUGGUUUGUACACCUCCUCUUCAUAGACGGCCACAGUGUUCUUGGUAGAUAAUAUUAUUUUUCUGAUGAUGCAUCUCUCUCUUCUUCAUUCAACAACAGAGCACGAUGUGGUCUCGUUUUUUUUCUAUUUUAGUUAUGUAGAAUCAAUUACUUGUGUUUUAAUCUUGAGUCCUUCAUGAAGCCUCUACGAGGAUAUCAUUGAUAUUACAGAUGAUAAUUUUUGCUUUUUUGGUCCCGAUGUUUUAGUAUAAUUUUUUAUCUUCGUUUUAGAUAACUAAUAACAGAACACCCGUGAUUCUCUACGUACUGUAGGAUUCAGCAUCAUCCUUUUUCUACACUGGGUAGAAUAAGAUAAUUUAAUCUUCUGCAGAAUAUCAAUAGUAAAAUUUGCUGACUGCCAAAGCUUUCCGAGAGCUGAGUGAAAUUGUAGACUUUCAUGUCUGGUAUUCAAAUUCAAAUUCAAAUUCAAAGUUUAUUCUCUAUAAGGAUUACAAUGCUGGGUUUACAGAAUUUGGUUAUUGUGUGGUUUACUUUGGUAAAAUACUAAUUACAGAGGGUGCCACUAGAACACCUAGCAUGGCUAGGCAUUUCGGGCAGACUUAGAUUAAUUCUUAAAUUUAAAAUAUUACAAAGCUUAUGUCACACUAACUGUAUUUGUUAAGCCUGUCCUGUAAAGUAAAGACAGGCAGAUUGUUUUGUACAGCCGCUAAGUAACUUUGACUUAACAUCACCACAAAAUAUUAAAUAUUCCGGAAUUUAGGUAAAAAAUCGAAUAACACUUUUAAUAUUUUGUUCAAAUAGAGAAUCACAUCCACCAGUCAUCGCAUUUUCUGUAAAAAUCAGGAUACAAUUUCAUCAAUAUAUUUUCAAUAUAUUUUCGUUGAAGAAACAUGAUCAAAAUUGACGCUUAUUAUGAAUACUUUUAAUUUAAAUAUAGCAUUGUGCUUUCCUCCUGACACGGAAUAAACAGUAAAAGAAAAGCUGAAAAUGUUCAGAAUGACGAGAUCGGCGCCAGCUCCCAGGGCCAGAGAAGGCUUGACGUCACAACCAUGACCAGGCUUGAAUAAUACAAGAAGCUUCUAAUAGGCUAGAUGAUUCGUGGGCGGUAGAGUGGGCAGGCUGGCAGGCUGGCAGGCUGGCAGGCUGGCAGGCGGGUGGACGGGUUUUAGAGUGGGUGCAUAAGCUGCAGCUUGACAGUAGGAGUCUGCUGUCAAGCUGUCCUCAGAUAGUCUUUCGUAGAUAAUGUUAACUAAUGAGAUUAUUCUCACAGCGUGUGUUAUUGUAAAUUAUUUUGUAUUAUUGUAGAUGAUCAUGUAUCAUUGUGGAUUAUUAUGUAUCCCUGGCGGCACCUGUCCUUUACCUUUCUUCUCACCCACCUUCCUCCCCUUUACCACAUUAUUUCAUAUUCUUCUUCUUCCAUGUUAUACUUCACUUAAGUUUGCAAAAUCAAAUAAUUAAUAUUUUUAAGUUUUAAUUGUUUUUCCUACCUCCCCCUUUCUCCACCUCUGACUGGUUUCGUUUCUGAUUUUUCAGAUUCGCUGGUUAUCCACGUUCUAAACAAGAACAUUUGAACUUCUGACCUUUGUUGUCCCCACACAGUUGCUUGUAAUAAUUUAUUGUGCAUAUCACUGCCUAACGAAAAGGUGUCUGUGCGUGCGCGAGCGAGCGUGUGAGUGUGUGUGUGUGUGUGUGUGUGUGUGUGUGUGUGUGUGUGUGUGUGUGUGUGUGUGUGUGUGCGUGUGCGUGUGUGUGUGUGUGUGUGUACUCACCUAUUUGUGGCUGCAGGGGUCGAGACAUAGCUCCUGGCCCAGGUAUAUGUGUGUGUGUGUGUGUGUGUGUGUGUGUGUGUGUGUGUGUGUGCGUGCUCAAUCAUUUCAACUAGUUACUCACACAUUGAUGGUUAGUGAGGUGGUCUCAGCUUUUGGAGCCGCUAUUCAAAUCCAGUACAUAAACCAGUUACACUGAUUCCUUGGUAAUCCUGAGGAUGAAAAAGUUUUCUUACUGUCCCGCUUGUAGUUCAUAUAGCCUCCCAGUGCCCGAUAUCUUCCUUUCAGUCUCUCCUUGUCUCCUCUAUCAGCUCUGUGAGUAUAUUGCACGUUAUUGCGUCUGUCCCCUGGUUCUUUUAUCACCUAGUCUUCAGGAUCAGUUCUUUUAGCUCUCGUUGGUUAGACCUUCCAGCUAAUAUAUAACAAAAUAUCAGUUUUUAAAGGAGGACUGGUUAGCCAGCGGAAGGCCUAGGUCAAAUGACCAAAAGCUCUAGUGGCGGGUAAUCAUAUGACUCUGACCCGCAUCAGGAAACACCUGUCCUGUUUCUUGACGAAUCUUACCAAACCUAAUCUAACCUCUCAGUGUCAGGAGCUGUUUCGUUACAAAACUCUGGCCAUUCUUUAGCUUUAUUACAUGCUAGAUGAGGUGGAGGCUCCAGGAGUUAUGUAACCUAUCACAUGUCUGACACAUUUCGUUGUGACUGACUAUGUUAAGAGGUUCGUCAAUAUAGUUCUUACAGUUGCUAGGCGCACACACUUCCAAAGCUGUUCGACUGUGUAGGUGUGGGUAUGUACUGGUUUAGAUUGUGAAAGUCGAAUCGUAGCUCCUGACCUGGUCCCACCUCUUAACCACUAACAAUCAGUUUCACUGAUUCCUGACUUCUGGGACACUAUCAUACCUACACUAGGAACCACUUAGUGUUUCCCUCCAUCACACUUUAACCACUUCGCCCUACUGACUCACCACCCCAAGACUAAACAAAAGUGUUUUCUAACGUACCUGUGGCUUAUCUGUGCGUAUGGUUACAAUUUUCUUUUCUGGGAUUAAUAGUUUUUCUUAGUUUUAUACACUUUUACCUUAGCUUCUUCCAAGAUUUCUAUCACUGCUCUGUUGUUGUUCUCUUGUCUUUGGCCUUCCAGUAUUGACGAUGGAAUAUAAAUGAUUUAUUAUUACUGCAUAGUCUGUGAACUCUCCACUGCAAAGAUUUGUCAUUCAAGAUUUCACUUAUCUUACUAUAUGAUACCUCUGAGUGAAUAUUCCAUUUGGUAUAAGUUCUGAGAGUUUUGCAUCGUCUGUGACUAUUAGAUUCCAUUUCCAGUAUUCUCUCCUACCCAUUUUUAAAAGGAAACGCCUACUGCGAGAGAUUCAUAUCUGAGUUAGCGCAAGGAGGAUCGAGUAGCCAGUUCUCCAACCACAUGAGUUUUGCACGUUACCCGACUAUAAUAAUAAUAAAAAUAUAAAUAAUAAUAAUAUCUCAUACUUUUCAGCUCUUGUUUUCAGUGACAUUUGUGUUUGUGUAACAUAACUUUAAUGUUCUUUCACUGAUCUCUUACUGUGUCAUCUGGCUAGUGUGUGUGGCAUAAGACUGUCUGUCUUGGGUGCGUGGAGGUUGUAUGAGAAUCGUGAGGGGUCCUGUUUUCUAGGGUGAAAGGGUAAGGUAGGUGUUUAGUAGCAGGGGUGUGGGGGUAUGGGAGUGCCUCCUAGGAGUCUUUGAACUUGAGUAUCAUGACGAGGCUUUGGUUGGGGAGGGCAGAUCGGUGGAGAGAGUUUGUGUGGAGGAGAGAGGAUGGAGAUAGAGUUAUUUGUUAGGUAUUGUGAGUAAGAUUAUCCUGGGUGCGGUUAAGGAAGGCGUUAGUAGAGGCCAAAGGUGUGUGUGAAUUGUCAAGACGGGACAGCAGAAAUUAAAUGCGUUUCUGGUUUCCUACUUUGCAAGGCAGUUUGUAUAGCUCAUCUGCGUGCAUAGCGGGGCUUCGACAUGCAUAGUAGGGAAUCUGCGGGCAUAGUAGGGCGUCUGCCUGCAUAGUGGAGCAUGUGCAUGCAUAGAAGGGUGUCUGCGUGUAUAGCGGAGCAUCUGCGUGCAUAAUACGGCGUCUAUGUUCAUAGGAAUGUCUGAGUGUGCCGGCUCGUAAUAAUUAUCAACUACUGCAUAUGUUCUCAUCAAUAUGUGGUUACAGGGCUCUCAGCUCCUGGCCUCUCCUCUUCGCUGGCCGCUGCUGGGUUCACUCAGUGCAUCUCUGAGCAGGAACAGAGUGCUGUUUACGUUUCAACUUAAUGAAAUACAUACAUAUAUAAAAAUGCUUUAACUUUAGACUGUAAGGCUUUAUUGUGUACCUGAGUUGUUUGUUGGUGUUAGUCUCCAUUAUGUGUUGUUGCAAGUCUCUUUGUUAUAUAUUGCAAGUUUGUUCUUGCUUCAAACAGGUAUAAGAAGCAAUCUAGAGACAAGUCAGGCUACUUCAGGUUGAAUAUUUACCAGGUUUUCAAGAUGCUAAAAUAUUAUAAAAGUGGAUGGUGUGGCAUUUAUACUUUAUUGUGUUCGCUGACAUUCCAUGUCUUUAUUUAUCCUUAUUUAUUAAGCUUUGUUUACUGUUUUAAUAUUGUUUGAUGUAACCUAUUUAAAUAUGUAUUGUUAUAGCCAUUGUAACAUUAUUAACUGUGGUAAUGUCUUCUAGUGUUGAUGUCUCUCGGUGGAGCUGAUGUCUUCCAGUGAUGGUGAUGUCUCUCAGUGGAGCUGAUAUCUUCCAGUGUUGGUGAUGUCUCUCAGUGGUGCUGAUAUCUUCCUGUGAUGGUGAUGUCUCUCAGUGGUGCUGAUGUCUUCCAGUGUUCGUCAUGUCUCUGUGUUGAUGUCUUCCUUUGAUGGUGAUGUCUCUCAGUGGUGCUGAUGUCUUUCAGUGGUGCUGAUGUCUUUCAGUGGUGCUGAUAUCUCUCAGUGUUGAUGAUGUCUCCCAGUGAUGGUGUUGUCUCUCAGUGGUGCUGUUUUCCAGUGGUGAUGUCUCUGUGGUGCUGAUGUCUUCCAGUGAUCGAGAUGUCUCUCAGUGGUGCUGAUGUCUUCCAGUGAUGGUGAUGUCUCUCAGUGGUGCUGCUCUCUCAAUGGUACUGAUAUCCUCCAGUGAUGAUGUCUCUCACUGGUGCUGAUGUCUUCCAGUGAUCGAGAUGUCUCUCAGUGGUGCUGAUGUCUUCCAGUGAUGGUGAUGUCUCUCAUUGGUGCUGAUGUCUUCCAGUGAUGGUGAAGUCUCUCAGCGAUGCUGAUGUCUUCCAGUGUUGAUGAUGUCUCUCAGUGGUGAUGUCUCCCUGUGGUGCUAAUGUCUUCCAGCGUUGAUGAUGUCGCUCAGUGGUGAUGUCUCUAAGUGGUGCUCAUGUCUUCCAGUGAUGGCAAUAUUUCUCAGUGGUGCUGAUAUCUUUCAGUGUUGAUGAUGUCUAUCAGUGGUGCUGAUGUCUUUCAAUGUUGAAGAUGUCUCUCAAUGGUGCCGAUGUCUUCCUGUGAUGGUGAUGUCUCUCAGUGUUGAUAAUGUCUCCCAGUAAUGCUGAUGUCUUCCAGUGUUGAUGAGGGCUUUAAGUGAUGAUGUUUUCCUGGGGUGAUGUCUUUCCUCUGGUGGUGAUGUCUUCCUCUAGCGGUGAUGUCUGCCUCUGGUGUUGAUAUCUUCCUCCAGCAGUAAUGUCCUCCUCAGGUCGUAACAUCAUAAAUCUGUAAUAUCUGGGUGAAACUAGUGACGUAAUAUUGUUGUAACGGCUACACAAUACUGACGUCAUCUUCGUAUUAUGAAACUAUGUAAAGUACAACCACAGCCACCACACAUAACAUCACCACCACACAUAACAUCACCACCACACAUAACAUCAACACCACACAUAACAUCACCACACAUAACAUCACCACCACACAUAACAUCACCACACAUAGCAUCAACACCACACAUAACAUCACCAUCACACAAAACAUCACCACAUAUAUCACCACCCACACAUAACAUCAACACUACACAUAACAUCAACACUACACAUAACAUCAACGCCACACAUAACAUCGCCACACAUAACAUCAACACCACAAAUAACAUCAACACCACACAUAACAUCACCACCACACAUAACAUCACACCACACAUAACAUCACCACACAUAACAUCACCACCACACAUAACAUCAACACCACACAUAACAUCACCACCACACAUAACAUCGCCACACAUGACAUCACCACCACCAUAACAUCACCACCAUGCAUAACAUCACCACCACACAUAAC